CACUUACCUGUGCGGCCUCACCACGCUCUAUUUCCAGCCCUCUCUCUGUCCCCGCCCAGAACUCUGUGACUUGCACUGAGACAGACAGGGGGCUAACAUGCUCCGCUCCGCUGUGAGCCGCCUGCCGUCUCACGCCUUACCUGCCCUGGCCGCUGUAUUCCUCCGCCAGAAAGAAAAAGAGGACAAGCGGCGGCGACCCGAAAGGAGACCAAGGAGCUGGAGGGUAAAUGACAAGGGGGCGGGGUCUAGGUAAUGAGGGUGGAGCCAAGGGUGCCAAUCACCUGCCAAUGUCUGAUUGAUUGAUUGAAGGUUUACCUGGGCAAGUCCAGGUGUUUCUGAACUACAUUUCCCAUGACCCUCAGCCUGCCUUUCGGCUGGCUGAGCAUCAUGGGAGUUGCAGUUCUAUAGAGGGCCUGAAUGCAGUAAGUGAUAAAUGACACUGUGUGCCACUUGCAUUUUUUUUCACAUGCUGUUAUCAUGCAGCAAUUAAAUGUUUCCUCCCAGCAAGCUGCCUGGUUUUAUAAGAAGGUCUAUUUAACCCCUUAAGGACCAAACUUCUGGAAUAAAAGGGAAUCAUGACAUGUCACACAUCUCAUGUGUCCUUAAGGGGUUAAAGAGCCAGUACACAGCUCCCUAUAAACACUUUUUAAAAAAUAAAUAAAAUGUAAUUCAGAAAAAUCUGGGGUGCCACGGCUAGAUUUUAGUGGUUCUUUAAAGAGUCUGAAUUCACAAAGUGAGAAAUAUUUUAUUUAUUACUGGCAUUUAUAAGGUGCCAACAUAUUCCGCAGCGGGGGGAAAAAAACAAUACAAUAUAAACCGAUACCAAUACAAAAGGCAGAGGGUCCCCUGCCCGGGAGCUUACAAUCUAAAGACCAAUGUAUUUAAUGUAAACAUUAUUAAUGAGGAAAAAAUAUGAAUAACUAUUUGCCACGUUUUACAAAUUACUAGGGGUGCAGCCAAAUAUCUGACAAGAUAGUGGGGUUCCUUAUAAACACUUGAAAUCUUCAGCUUUCUCAGUUAGUGUCUUUUUUUUUCUCUCUUAUGUUUUGCAUCCUAAGGGAGCCAGCUCAGGAAUUAUACGGGAAUUCAAACAGAAUUUCAAAUUAUAUGGAAAAGUGAUUAAAUUGAAAACUGGGAUUUAGGGAAGUUUUUUUUUUCCCAAGUCAACUAUUCUGGUGUAAAAUUUGUAAUUCGCUUGUGACAAUUCCCGGUGGUUUGAGUCAUCUCCAGUGGCCAACCAUGGAUGCUUUUCAGAUAAAUAUAUGUAUUAAUCUACACCUGUGAUACAAAUGAAAUCCAUUCCAAGUAUAACUUGUCACCUACACAAUUUGCAAACUAUUGGUUUCGUUUAAAAGAUUAUAUGCUGUACCCAACGUGUUUCACCAACUCUGCUCUGAAAUUGUAUUUUAAUUAUAAACAGGGUUAAUUAUUAAACCAGGGCGUGAUCUGUAAAUGUUCUAUUUUCUAGGGCAAUAUAUUCCUGCUGGAACAAUAACUGAGUUAUAGAUUUAUUUUUACAAUUGUGACAUUUUUGACUAAAACGUGCAUUUCACUGGUCAUUUCCUAACUCAUUUUGGUUUUAGGGAAUAAUCCUGUAAGUGUUUUACUGGUGAAAAUACUUUUAAAAUUUUCUAGUUUUCAUAUUCAUCCUGGGCAGCUAAUAUAAUUUUACACAUUUUAUAUGGAAUAUAAAACAAUACAAGAUAGUUACACAUUACAAAUCAUUCUGAAAAUGUUCUAAAGAAAUAUCUAUUCAUUGACCAAGUAUAUUUACUUAUACAUCUUCUUUAUAUUUUGCAUUUUUUUCUACAAUGUAUCAUUUUUAUUGAAGUUCCAAUUACAUAGGCAAAUAUACCACCUGAAACAUGACAGUGUACUCUAAAAAGUUUAAAGAGUUAUUCCAACGUCUUCUACUUUUUGAAGUGGUUAUGGUGAUAGGAGUUUGGAUGUGCAGUGUUUCUGCUUAAAAAACUGCUAUCCUUAGAUAUUUUUAAUUGUGUGCUGGGGCAAAUUGCACUCCCAGCACAUGUGAAUUAGGCAGUCUAGAACUCUGCUCCGAGCUGCCUAAUGUCAAUUCUGUGCAUAAAUCCUUUCUAAAAAGAGAUAAUGGGUUGAGAUAUUGGCCCGACCAUUUUUGCCAGAUCUUCCUAAACCUGGGCAUGUUUCCCAAAAUACGAGAUAACAUCUCCUUGUAAAGCCAAGUUGCUGUCAGUCUGUCUAUAACUUGCUUUCAUCUUGAAGCAAUGCAUAUUUUUGCUGCUAUCAAUAUAUGCAUAGUGAUUCCUUUAACAUGUCUAAGAGAAUAAUGUCAGGUGACAGAGGUGAUAGCACGUAUCAUCUCCUGCAUAGCUGAUCAUAAGGAGGAAAGCUUUGGACAUGACCAAUAUAUAACAAGAUAUGAAUAUGUUGUGCUGUCCACAUCUCCAACCUUUGUUUUAAUGAGUUUUCUAUUUAGAUUGUCCAUUUGUGUCACUUAGCGGUGUGUGACAGGUCUCCUAUAGUUGUCCUGUAUCUAUCCUCUUGAGUACGAGCAAAAUGUAACAAUUCAUCACGGAAAGGCUAAAUGUGUGAAUUUGCAUUUUCACUCAUAAUGUUAAAUUAAAUAGUAAUUUAAGAGUUGUUGCACUAAAGGGAUAAUUGCGGGCCAGUUGUCAUGUGUAAAAAAAAAAAAAAAAAAAAACUCAACUAAACUAUUUUGGAAGUAUUGCUGCAGUUCAUAUAAACUGGUCAGAAGUUUGCGAGCGUGUUGUUAAUUUACUAAAACCCAGUGUUUAGACACUACAUAAACAGAUCAAGCCUUUUUUCACUCUUAACUUUAAUGUACUUAUCUAUCGAUAAGAUGGAUCGAUGUGAAUAGAUAGAUAAAUCACUCUCCAGUAACCUAGCCUACAAUACUCCAACAGUUCUCUCAGGUACUAAUGUUAUGUUAUUGUAGUACGUAAAAUGUCAUCUUGUAAACAUGUAUGUGGGAUGUAUGUAUGAAGUUAAGGGUAUUGUAGGCAUUUCUUUGUAUAUUGUUCUAGUUUUUGGUGAAAUAAUAACUAGUUCACAAAUUCUGGGCAGAUGCGUAGAUAAGUGCUGUUAAAAAAAUUAAAUAAAUUAAAAAAGGAAUAUCCUUUAAUCACAUGUGAAAAAAAUAAUCUCGCAACCUCCCUAUGGACAUCUGAAGGCCAGCUUCAUGGCCGUGUUAAAUUCUUCUUCUUGGUAAGGAAAAAAAAUCUAAAAUUCCAAACACUGGCCAACUCUCUCAGGUUGAUUUACGAAAUGAGAAUUGUCAGGGAUUCAAAGUGAAUUCAAACUGAAUAUCAAAUUCAAGUAGCUGAGCUGCAAGGAAAAUUGACCUGGAGAAUUGUUCCAGUUAAGCUAUUUUGGCCUUACAUUUUAAAUACUUGUUGAGUUCCUAGAAAUCCUCACAUUAUUGCAUAACCCUUUUUGGAGUUUUUGCUUACGCGUGACCCUGACUGCGGCUGACAGUCACAGGGUACGACUCUUGGUUUGGCAUACCUUAUGCUGGUUAAAGUAGUUGCACAAAUACACUUAAAGAGGAACUGUCAUUCCUGCCUUGUGUUCCAACAGAUACUUUGUCAGAUGGGGGUAAAUACACCCUGGUUAAUUGCAUUAUCUUGGUAAAACCCUAUACACUGACAAACUUCUAUGCCUCUAACAACACACAGGAUAGGUUCAUGAAGACCGCUAUUAGGGUUUUGAUGAAUUCCACAUAGGGCUGCUUGAUAUUUGGAGAUGAUUUAAACAGUGCGCUCUAUCCGUCUCUCGAUACCUCGUUAGAAAGGUCAUCUAUCUCACACGCUGUUACCAAGACUUUCCACAAACACACCCAGAGGAUAGGGACUACACAGUCUACUCAACAUCACAUAAGACAAAUUCUUGAUUGAAUUCAUUAUUUUUUACCUACUACAACUUUACAGACCUAAAUGGGGUCCGGAUUGGCCCCGCGGCGUGGUUGGACUAUGCACCUGUGACGAUGGUCUUGACUACUCUGCUGUGUCCACUUAAAACAUCGAACUGGAUAAUUGAUGAGACAGUAGCUGGGAAAGCACAGACGAGACUGACCCAAUAUUAUUCCUCUGGUCCAGGAGGAGUAGCAUAAAUGCAUUAUAAAUGCAGAAACAUAAGUCCUGCGCUCACUCCCAUCACUACUCUGCGGCAGCAAUGGCUACAGUACACAUCAGCCCCAAUAUAUAGUAAAAACCAAAGAAAAACAAGUUACCUGCGCUUUCUCCUUAAUCCCUAUGUAUAAUUAAACAAAUGGAGGUAAUUUAGUUACUCCAGUGGCCAUUGGAGGGAAUGCCCGUCUGCCAACGUCAAGGCAGACCCCCCUAUGCGGGGGCCAGAAGCUCAAAGAAGCAAGGUGAAGGGUCAGCGUAGGACCCGCUUAGGUUUAUAACUUUCACCCAAUCUCUCUUACAUGUAGUGUCAUGUGAAGAUAAGGUAACACAAUGUAUGUGUUAUUUACAGAGUAUUCACAAUACUGUAUAGGUUUAGCAUUAUCUCGGAAGCUUUGGUCCUACAUUUAGAAAAAUGUUAUGUUAUGUUACCCUUUGAUAAACUAGUAUUAUUACUCCUACCGAUAGAACCACAAGGCAGAGGUGAAACAGAGCUUUUAUUUUAUUCUUCCCGGGUUAGUGGGUAUGUUAUUUAUUUUAAUGUGUGAGACUGAGGGGUUUUGGCAGAUCUUAAUGAUGGAGAUUUCAUUAUCAGAGGUCUCUUGCAGACUGUUUUUGGAGACAUCCUCCGCAUUGCUGUAUGUAGCCAAUGUAGAGUGUUAAACUUGAUAUAUCAUUUGUUAAUUCUUGAUCGUGAUUGAUAAAUUAAAAUCUAACAUGGAUAGUGUGCUAAGUUUAUGCACUACAAAAAUAAAGAAUUAAAAAAAAAAUAAUAAUUCUAACAUGGAUGAAACUUUGUGACAGAAAGAAGUGCAUCCCUACUAUGACUUGAGUGUGAAGGUUAUCCGAGCACGCAAUAUACAUGGAGCGGACUUGUGUAAGUGACUGAGUUUUAUUGCCUUUAAUAUAUCCAGAAAAAUCACAAAAUACCUGAUCUAAUUUGUAUAUUUACUUGUUUUCUUUACACUGCUAAUUCAGGUUUUAAAAUACAAAAACUAAUGACUAACGUACAGAAAAAAUAAAUUCACAUUACACAUAAAGCGAAAAAUAGUGUUCUUGAUAACGAAUACACAUAUUGAUUUCAAUAUAUUUCACUUUUUGUUCCUUUUAGUUUUGUUAUAGUUUGUGCUGAAAAAAAAAAUUUGUUAUAGAUUUUUCUCUCUCACAUCCGCUGUAUAAUAUACCCUUCUAUUACCAGUCGAAUUUGUUCUGAUCUUUCUCCAUUGUGUACCCGUAAUUUCUCUGCUCCCCAGUAUCUGAAGCUGAUUGCUAUGUGCAGUUGCGUCUUCCCACUGCAUCCCCCUUGACCUCUAGAACAGAGGUCGUAUAUAACUCCAGUGACCCGGAAUGGAAUGAAACCUUUCAUUAUCGUAUUCACGGUGCGGUCAAGGUGAGGACGUGAGAUAUUGCAUUUGCCAGAACAAAGAGCAGUACACGCCGCAUAUCUACAGAUACUGAUAUCCUAUACAUAUGAAGAUAUAUUGCAUAUAAAAAGGAGUAGAUCAGUCACAAGCACAAAUUAUUAAUACGUGUUAGAAUGCAAUGUACCUUGUUUCAAAAUGUAAGAUAACUGAUUUUUCUAACUGUAUUUAGUAUUAAAUAAAACUAAUGCCUGAUUGCCUGUGUGUGGUUAGAAAGGACAUACAAUAAGCACAGUUGCCUGGCUAAAAUUAGGCUUCUCUGCUAUAAUGAAUGUAGUAGGCUACCAUAGGAGCUUUGUAGUAAAGAGGCUAAUUCAGAAAGCGCAAACUUGACACUUAUAAUUGAUCUAACUAUGAAUUGCAUAUAUUUAAAUAUUAAUCAAUUAAAAAAAAACAUUGUUCCAGCUGCUCUAGCAGAUUCCCUUUAAUAUUUUUUUCUUUCAGUUAAUAACGUUCACCCAAUCUCUCUUACAUGUAGUGUAGCAUUCCGUAGUGGUAUAGUAGCAGUUUGGGAAGCGACUUACAUUCAGUUUUUGUUUAAUGUGUUUUUUACAUGUUUACGCUGUAGUGGUAUUUUUUUUUUUUUAAUGUUUGUUAUUCCCUUCUAUAUAGAACAUACUUGAGUUGGAGCUUUAUGACAGAGAUGUUGUGGUCGACGAUCAUCUGUCCUCCGUAGUGUUUGACAUAGGAAACAUCAAGCCUGGACAUACCUUCAAGAGAGACUUCAUGCUUGACACAAAAGUAUGUGUGUGUGUGUAUAUAUAUAUAUAUAUUUACCAUUUAUGGACAUGUACAUCUAAUAAGCUUAUCCGUGCAUUCUUAUCUGUUUCCCUAGAACAAAGAGGUUUUAGAAUUGGAGUUUUUUCUCAAGGAAAGGUAAGCAGUAUGUGGUGCCCAUUACCAUAGUCACCGCCAAAUUGAUCUUCAUAACGAUACUCAGAUAUUAUUGACCUGAUUGUUUGUUUUCCAGCGAUGAACCGCCCACCAAGGUUAUUACCAAUGGAGUCCUUGUGGUGAGUGCCUAGUUCAUGCCUUACUAAAUCAAUUUAGUUGGUUUCUUGGAAUUUAAAAGAGUAACAGUUUAUGUAUUAGACGUUAUGUAGCGUAAGUAAACCGGACCAGACUACAUUGGGGUAUGCAAUUUAGGAUGAAAAACGAAAAGUGCAGGUUAUGAUGGCAACAUAGAAGUCCAGGAGAAUUUAUAGAAAACAGCACCUGUUUUUAUAUACAUUUUUUUAUAUAUUGGCAAUAACUUUCCCUGAAGAUUCUUACAUUAUGAUUAGUUUAGGUAACGUGGCACUCUAAUCAUAAAAAUUACUAUAGCUUUCUGUAGUAGUUAUGGUGCCAGGUGAGCCAUGCCACUAUCCAACUGUGAAGAGUUACCAUGUUUUUGAACAGCUUAGUCCAGCCUGUCUUCAUAGAGAUGUCCAGAUAAUUUAUGACCCAACACGCAGAAUGAAAUAACCCUUAAGACUAUGAUUGAUCCGAAUGGACCUUGUGACCCCAAAACAUGCAUGCGUGUCGAUGACACGUUGAUGCACACCUGUUCACGCCAUUUUUAAAAUGGUUGGAUAAGGGGCUAUAAGACAGCAUGGGAAUGCAGCGUCCUUUAGAACGCCACACUGGCCGGUGGCUUGAGCACAUGCGGAUCAGGUAAGUUUCAAUAUUUACAGCAUGGCUGCACCUGCCGGGAGCUGUGACAAGAAUUAAUUGGCUGAGUGCGUCAGCUGACAUCUCUCAACCAAUGAAUUCCGUUCAAAUAUGGACACAACUGAUAUAUUUCAGGUGGAAGGUAAAUUCCACUUUAGUGAUAUCUGUGAAGAUGGGCUGGUCUGUGGGCUCCUGGGGAACCUAGGUAAGUGUUUGACACUUAACAGUUGGAUUGCAUCAAGGGCUCAUGGCAUGCUGUAGUAGUUAUGGUGCAUUGAGUGGCCCAUCUAAGUUCAUGUUAGUAAUUGGUGUAUAGAAUAAUUGGCCUGAAACAACUGACAAUGACACAGAACUAAGUCUAGUUUUAACAUUCUCACAGGCUCAUCCCUGCAUGUGUGUUGAAGGAAGAAUCUACAAAAAUGAAAAACCAUUGUCAGAGAAAGGUAACUAGUAAACAGGACUUCAUAAACUGGAAGAGGUCAUCACAGUUGUCCAUCCUGCUAUAAAGCAGUAGGUCUGCUAGGUCGAAGUCACCCUUCACUUAGGGUAAAGUGGAAUUCUGAUCGGACCUGUGUGCUUUUACAUUUGAAUUUUCAGUGCGUGAGAGUUACAGAGCUAAAACAAAAAUCUCCGCUUAUGAGACUUGCACUGUGCAUAUGCUUGAAAUUAGAAGAAGCCACUUAAAUGUGGGACUAGCGCGUGUGUUGGUAUUUAACAUCCUUUCCCAACACAAAGUUUAAAAAAUCAUGCUUUUAGACAUUCACAUGUUGGCCAGCAGACAGCAGGUGAUCUAGGCAGAAAUGACUAAUCUGGAAACAGCAAUAAGGAAUAGUCAGCACUAUAUUUUAAAGGAUUUGUGAAUCCAAGUAUAAUAUAUCCAUUAUUUUUAGGUGCUACAUAGAGCAGGGGUGCCCAAAAGGUAGAUCCCCAGCCGAGUUGUUGUAGAACUACAACUCUUAUGAUGCUUUGCAUGCCUUUAGAAUGACAAAGCAUCAUGGAAUCUGUGGUUUGAAAACAUCUGGGGUUCUACCUUUUAAGCACCUAUGAUAUAGAGUUUUUGGAAAAGCAGAGAUACGUGAUCUGACUUUUUCUACAACGUUAUCCUCUAUAACAGGUUGCAAUGCUGUAAAGGCAGAUAUGAUUUUGUUUUUAGUCAGUCUGGAAAUCGGCUAUCAAACCAAUUACAUUAGAUUACUCCUGGGGUGUACAGAGCAUAAAAAGUCUUGAAAUAUACUGGAUUAAUUUCUCCCUUCUUGCACCGAUUACACAAGUAGAGACUCACAGCACUAGGUAAAAUACAGACACUCACAGCCACAAAAUAAAACACACACAGACUCACAGCCGCCAAAUAAAACACACCCAGACAGACUCGUAGCUGCACAUAAGUGAAUAAAUGUAUUUUUUAUAUACAAAAAUAAAGUUGUGUGAAAUAUGGACCAACGAUCGGUUUUAUUAUUAGUAAAUAGGGGUGGUUAAAUUAAGGAAGUGAAACCAUAUUUACCCUUUUUGGUCUCAUCAUGAACUUAUGAGGAAAAUGUGGGUUCAAGGCUUGCACGGAGUCUAACUCGGCUAAAAAAGCUUUGUAUGCAUUACCAAAAUAUUAUAUGUUCCUUCUAUAACCACUAUUUACUUCACAACAGUAUGCAGAAACUGACUUGGUUUCUAUGUGUCUCUUUUAUUUCUACUCUCUAUAUAGUCUUAUAUUCUUUUUCAUCUCUCUCGAUACCCCGAACUAUAGCUUACUGUACAGAACCGGCAAACUCUUAUUGGGGGAAAGCCAGAGAAACUGGUACAAUUGUAUCUUUUAUAUUAAAAUGUUAUUUUCAAGUACGUUUUAUAUAAGGACCUUGCUGAAUGUAAUCAUUAUUAGAUAUUUUAGGAGGCCUGCAAUGAAAAACAAGGAAUUAAAUGUAGAGCUGAGACAAGAGGUUGAAGGAUUGAAAGGAGAUUGAAGGCAUAAAAUAAGAAACUUUGACUGUAUUUUUUUUUUUUGUCUCUUAUAUUGUUCCAGGAGACCGGCUUUUGAAAUUGUCCGUUCCGGGUUCAUGUGAGAAGCAAAUGUGUGUUAAGCACUCAUCAAUUACAGAAGAGGGGGUGCCGUUUGUGUUCCAUGCUGAUAGAGACAUGAGCCCCAAUCUAGAUGUGAGCCUACAGCAAAAACUCAGAGUUGGACAGGUAGGUGGCAUCGGAGAACAUGCCCAUUUCCCAUAUAUAAACAGAAUGUGAUGAACUUCAUAUUAAUUGCAACUUAUAUGUAAUACCCCCUUAGGAUGAUCUAGCUCCUGAGCUCGACAGAAAAACUCUAUUAGUGGGUGAAGCGUCCCUACCUAUUGCAUCACUUCCUCUUGGUCAGGAGGUGGACAUCAGUCUUCCUCUCUCCAAGGUAACACCAUCUUGUUGCCAUCAGUAAAUGUGGAAUGUUGGCUUCUUCCAGUCUUUUUUUUCUGAGUGUGUGUUGUGUUUUUGUUUUGUUCCAGGAUCAAAACCUGGACAUGAGUGUGAAAACUGAGGAAAGGUGAGGGUAAGAGCUGGCAAGUCCUCCAAGUUUAUUGCACGAAAAUGAAUAUACCAUGAGAAGGGCAGAGGUAUAGCCAUUGGGUAUCUGAAAAUACACUCACAGAUCAUUUUUUUUAUUCUUGUUUCUGGGGUCAGUUGUCAGGAACUUGAUAUCCGUCUUGGUUUUGAACUGUCAGAUGGAGAGAGAGCCUUUCUAGGGAAAAGGAAGAAGGUGGUCUCUCACUGUCUAAAACAAGCGUUGAAGCUUAACAGUGAUCCUAAUACAGAAGAGGUAAGACAUUUUAACUGGUAUGUAAGAUUUUAUUUUAUUCUAUUGGUCAUAUUCGUAACAAAAUGUGCGACAUCCUCAAAUGGCUACUCCAUCCAAAAACAAUGCUUAAAAAAAACACUGUUUCUGUUCAGAGUAACCCUUCCUAUACUGGUCCUCCCCUAACCCCCCACCGCCUAAAAAAACCAAAAACCUUACAAACCACAAAUAAAAAAACAAACCGCUAAAUAUUACCCCUUUACUUGGUGAGGCUAUUUGUACCUGCAGCUAAAUCUUCCUCCAAUUACAUAAUUCUCCCUCGUCCGAGUGGGACAGAUGUAAAGCAGAUAAGGUGUGGGUCAUUGGCUAUGUGGCACCGGCAUACUGUACAUGCUGAUGCCAGACACCAAUUUUGCACAGAAUUCAUAUUAGUCACUCAGAACCCCUGUUCCGGACAUGUUAAUUAUGUUCCAAUGAUGUUGCGGGAAGUGGUUACACCCCUUCAAAAUCAAUGUAGUUAAUCUCUGUAUGUCUACACAUACAGACUCAAGGCACCAUGACUACUUCAUAUAAUUGAAAGAUUCAUGUUGCUUGGAGGAACCCUUUAAUAUUCAACAAAUCACUACGAUCAUACAGUACACCUAUUCAGAAUUAUAUAUAUUUAAAGGGACACUAUAGUCACCAGAACAACUACAGCUUAAUGUAGUUGUUUUGGUGUGUAUAGUAUGUCCCACAGGCUUUUUAAUGUAAACACUGCCUUUUCAGAGGCACACCUAGUGGCAGUCACUCAGACGACCACUAGAGGUGCUUCCUGGGUCAGUGCAGCACUGACGUUUAACGUCUUCACGCUCUGAAUUGAUUCAGUCCAUCUCUAUGAGGAGAUGCUGAUUGGCACAGCACUCCGUUUUGCUGCGCAUGCACAAGAGCCUGCCAAAGCUUUCCCAUGGGAAAGCACUGGAUUGGCUGAGAUUAUCAAAUGUGAUGACCUUAGCCAAGGAGGCAAAGUGGUGGCGGCACCAGCUGCGAGGAGACCCACGUGGCACUGUAAAAAAAGGUGAGUAAACUCACCUAAUACUUUGGUGACAGUGGGACUGGGGGCCUAAAUAUCGCUAUUAAAUCGCUAUACGUGUUUGUGUUCCUUUAAGUAUUUGUUAAUUAAAUGUUAAAAUAAAUGUAGAAUUCCAUACCUCUUUAUCCAGUCAGUCAUUGUUAGACACUCUGUCCUUUGCACUUGUCCAUCAAGCAUACAGAGAAGAGGAGGAAUAAAAAAAUGUUUCUGUUUCUUCUGCUCAUUUGCAUUGUGUGCCCUGGUCGUGCCUGGGCUCAAAUGAAUUGUGAUUCCAUUUACUACAUUUUUAAUAUUAAUCUAAAGGAAAUUGGACCUUCACGUGAAGCAAAGGUUAACACACACACACAUACAUAUAUAUAUAGGUGUAUAGGUUAACACAUAUUAUAGGUUAUUUUCAAUGUUCUAUUCAAUGGUGUAAUUCAACAGAAAUGGCAGCUCCCUUUUAACCCCUUAACGACCACGGACGUACUAGAUACUUCCAAAAAAACAGUUGUUAAGGACCGCGGACGUACCUACUAAAUAAAAUUAUUACAUUAAUAUAUUAUAUAUAUAUAUAUAUAUAUAUAUAUAUAUAUAUAUAUAUAUAUAUUAUAAAAUAAUUAAAGCAUUUUAUAAUAUAUUAUACAUAUAUAAUGCAUAUAUAUGAUUUCAUUACAAGUGUACUUAUAAUAUACAUAUACACAUAUAUCUCAAAAUACACUUAAAAUGUCAUCAUAUAUAUAAAAAAGACUGAACAUACCCCAUAUUGAAUACCCUGGGUUGUCUACUUAAAAAAAAUAUGUACAUAUGAGGUGUGAUUUAGAGAUUUAUGACAGAUAAUAGUGUUACAAUGUCACUACUGAUACAUUUUAAAAAUAUAUAUUUUGAAACAGCAACGUCUUACUUGUACUUAUAGCCCUAUAACUUGCAAAACAAAGCUAAGAACAUCUUAACAUUGGGUAUUUCUAAACUCAGGACAAAUUUUAGAAACUAUUUAGCACGGGUGUUUUUUGGCGGUUGUAGAUGCGUAACAGAUUUUGGGGGUUAAAGUUCGAAAAAGUGUGUUUUUAAAAAAUGUCAUCAUAUUUUAUAAAAAGUUUUUAUAGUAAAUUAUAUGGUUUGAUGAAAAUAAUGGUAUCUUUAGAAAGACCAUUUAAAAGCGAGAAAAACUGUAUAUAAUAUGUGUGGGUACAGUAAAUGAGUAAGAGGAAAAUUACAGCUAAACACAAAUACCGCAGAAAUGUAAAAACAGCCCUGGUCCUUAAUGGUGAGAAAACUGAAAAAACGGUCUGGUCACUAAGGGGUUAAGUACUUGUAUCAGCUCUUUUUAUUGUUGGCUAUGCCUUUCGGCUGACAAAAACUGGACGUCUCUUGUGUUUACUGUUUAUAUGUCACAUCACAUUGUUUGUUGGUAUUAGCUCAGAAAACCAUAACCACUAAACAAAUCUUACAUCAUGAGUGGUUUAUGCAUUGUGUUUUGUAUGAACAUUAGGAGGAAGUGAAAAUGAAUUAAUUUGAUGGACUUGAUAGGAUCGGGUCUUUUUCAGUCUAUAUUACAGUGUAAUUAUGAUUUAUAGAACGCUAUUACAGAGGGUUGUCCACAGUGGGCACAGAACAGAGUUGUAAAUUGUAGAAACAACUUAACAGGAUUAUUUACUAAAAUGAAUUUUAAAUUUAAGACCAUAGUAGCGGAACUGAUAGAAUAGCUGAUUUUUUUUGUUAAUUUUUAUUUUCCGACUAUUUUGACCUUGAAUGUUAAAAUUCAUUUUGAAUUCCCGGUUUAGUGAAUUAUCUUACAAGGUUAAUCACUAAUGCAAGAAUUCAAAGUGAAUUUUAAAUGUAAGGUGAAAGUAACUGCAGUGGAAGCAUCGGUGACUUCGAGAAUGUUCGCAAUUUGGCUAUUUUGACCUAAAAUUUGUUUUUUAAUUCUCACUUUAUUGAUUAACCCUGUUAUUCAGAAUAUAUAUUGAAAAUAUCUUAAAUAACUUAAAACUCAGCAUCACCUGAGUGACACUAUCAGAGUUAUUCACUAAACUCUUAAAGGCACACUAUAGGCAGCCAGAUCACUUUAGCUGAGUGCAGUGUCCCUGUCCCCUUAACCCUGCAUUGGUAAUUACUGCAGUUUCUGUGAAACUGCAAUAAUUACCUUGCAGGGUUAAGACGGCCUCUAGUGGCUGUCAUUCGGAAAGCUACUAGAGGCACUUCCUGGUUUUUAGGUGUGAGUCAAUUGCCCAUAGGAAAGCAUUGCAGAAAUGCUUUCCUAUGGGGAGGGUCUAAAACGUUUGCGGUGUUCGCCACGUGCGCAUUAGUGCCCCCUAUCGGGUGACAACUAAGGGGGCUGAGUACCGACCCACCGCCAAGGAACAUAGAUUCUGGAAUUGGGUAAGUACAGUAAAAAUAUUUUGACCCUUACUAUGCCGGGAAGUCAAAACAUGUAAAAAUGUUUUGACUACUUACAAUGGGUGGGAGGGUGCCAGGGCCCUCCUGGCUCUAUAACUACUACAGUGAGCUUUAGUUGGGUAUGUUUGUUUGUUUUUUGUUUCUUUAAAAGUAGGCUUUUCUGAGCAUUGAUUUAAUAUACAUUUUUUUUGCUUAUUAUUAUAAUUAAUAUUUUUUUGUACAAAUAAUCAAAUGAAAAAAUGCAGACGUUCUCUUCCAACAAUCAUAAAACCCAUCUGUCUACCAGUGUAUUGUGGAUAAAUAUUCCUCUGCUUAUAGGUUCCAGUGGUUGCAGUUCUGGGUUCCGGAGGUGGCACUCGAGCUAUGACGUCAUUCUAUGGGACCCUGCUUGGACUUCAGGAUCUCAAGAUUCUGGACAGUGUCACAUAUUUGUCUGGGGUUUCUGGGUCAACAUGGUAUGAUCUGAGAAUGACGACAGUCUGUUGGUUGAGCACAAAAGCCCAGAACAACAAGACAAUUUUAAUUUAUACAUUUUUUCCUAGGUGUAUGUCCACACUUUAUAGAGACCCUGACUGGUCAAAGAACGAUCUCAGAGAUCCAAUUGGCAACGCAAGAACUUCAGUUGCGGCCAGCAAGGCUGGAGCCUUCUCACCGGAGAGACUGAGACAUUGCAUCCAGGAACUUACGACCAUGGAGAAUGAUGGCCACAAAGUCAACUUCACGGAUUUGUGGGGUCUUUUAAUUGAAUAUUUUCUGCAUCAGGAGGUACACAGAACUCAGAGCAAAUUUUAUGGCAAGACAGGAGGCUUCAUAUUUGCGGCUUUUAUUUUCAGAGGCUUUCUGCCUAAUCCCUUUUCAGUUCCCUUUUUUUGCUCGACAAUUUACUUUAUUAAGCCAGCUCUUCGCAAUAUUCAGGCAUUUUCCAAAGCUCUCAGAGUCCGGCCUCUUCUUUGCGUCAUAAUUUUAAUUGCACAAGGUUCCCGCAUUGGCUCCAAAUGCCAGCGGCCAUUUUAAGAGUACUUUCCUGCGUUGUUUUUUUUUUCCCCCUAACGGUUGGCACUGCUCUGUAUCAUUUUGGUUCCCCGAAAUUCUCAGAAUUUCAUCGAAUUUGUAAGAAUUUUUCAGCGAAUUUCCAGCCAUUUUUUUUGUUCCACAGGUCUCAUUCACCAAGAGUAAGGCAACUUCUACCAGUAAAUUGUUGAGCAACAAGGGGAACUGAAAAAGGGAUUGUGCAGAAAGGCUUCUGAAAAUCAAAGCCACAAAUAUGAAGCCUCCUGUCUUUCAUACAAUGUAGAUUAUUCGAUCACAGAAACUAGAAUAAUCCCUAAUUAAUGAUCACCCUCAAUAUGACUCAUAGAAUGAGCAUACAAUGAGCAAGCUGAUUCAGAGUAUCACUGCAAAUACACCCAGCUUUAUAAAAUUACACCGAUCCAGCCUUGCACAUUGUCAAUAAUGCAAAUAUACAAAAAGAGGAGUUUGUACCAGAAAGCAGGAACGGGCAUAAGGUAGUCAAGCAUCAUGGGAUUUUUUGGCCCUCUAGCCGCCUUUGCCUUAAUCAGGUGUGGUGAAUAGAAAAAGAGAUCUGCAAUAUUUAGACCAAAUGUCCAAUUUGGGAAUAUAGUUGGAGCUUUUUUUUAAUUUCUGUAAUUUGACUUUAACUUUUUAAUCAGAUUAAGAGUAUCAAAACUUUAUCAUGAAUUGGGUUUGGGGAUAUAUAUAUAUAUAUAUAUAUAUUUUUUUUUUUUUUAACAGCCAAGAAUUCUUACAACUUGGCCUCAACCUAUGGUUUAGUGAAUCGUUUCCAUUAGACCAUCAAAUUCACACCUACAAUAUAGGAGACUAAGUCAAGUCUGUGCUGCAAAGUGGAAUUGCCUAUAAAGACUUUUAAUACACCCUAAAACAGCAAUUCAGAUACUAGGCCCAUCCAGAAUGAAAGCUUUUGAUGGACUAUUGAGAACAAUGUUUGCAAUGUGUUUUAGGAGAAUCCAGCAAAGCUGUCGGACCAGCAGGUGUGUGUGUCAAGCGGUCAGAACCCUUAUCCAAUAUACGCCGGGGUCAAUGUCCGAGUCAACAUUAGUGGAAGAGAGUUUGCAGGUGUGUACUGAGAACGUUCUAAACCAACCCAUCAGAAAAUUCACUUGGGCUUUGACUUGCAACAUGACCACUAUGAUCAAGCAACAUUGGCUGCAUCACCAAAAAGCCAGAAUAUGAGGUCCAUGUUGCAGAAUGAAAGGGAACUUAAAAUGGUUUUAACAAAGAGAACGUUACUGCGCUCUGGCCUAAAUCCCCAUGUACAUUUAAACAAAAUGGAGGCUCUUUAGUUUUAUUCCAAUGGCCAUUUGAAUAUAUAAGCUCCCCUCCAGUGAGACAGGAAGGGGUAUUUUAUAAACCCUUUCACAUUUAACCCUUUAUAGGGCUUCUACACAUACAAUAAACUUUGCUGGUAUCAGACAAAGUGUAAACAUCUCUAAUUAGUAAGCGCGGUGCUUUAUCUUUGUGUUUAAAAUGGUUUUACGCUACUGAAAAAAGGCUUCAGCUUGGCUUUUCCAUCUGUCACUCCAACUGUUACUGGAACACCGCUCUCUUAAACAAAAUCCAAGUGUUAUCAUCCCUAGGUUAAGUACUGUCAUUUUUUUUUUUUUUUAGAUUAAUCCUCCUAUAAAGGUUCUACUAAGCAACAUGUAAUAGUAUAUCGUGAUUCAAUAACGAUUAUACAAGAGAAUUUUUCAUUUUAAUAUGAAUGAACUAAAAGUGAAGUUUUAAUUACACCAUAUUUUCGACUGUAAUACAGAUUAUAUCCUGCACAGCACACACUUCUUCAGAUUGAUGGACAGUUCAGAUAUAUUUUUAGGUACUUUAAAGAGUCCACUAACCUAAAUGAUGGUGUGGUCUGAUAAAUAGAUUACUUUCAGACAAUGAGAUUUAUCUACCCGUGUUUAUCCAUGUAUGUAAAGGAUCGUAAUAUAUAUGGCCUCAGUUAAUGUGUUUUAAAUUUAUUCUUCCAGUAAGAAAUGUUUCAGUGCCUUCAAUACCUUCACAAAAAGGUUUAUCUUAUUAAAUUGUAAAUAUAUUUGAUUUUAUCUGUUUUGAGAUGGUGGGUGAUGAAGACCAACUGGCCCAUUUUAAAUCAGAGACGUGUUUUGAUACUUUGAUUUCAGAAUAAAUCUGAAAUCGUGGUCAGUAACCAGAAAGAGCCCAAGUGAGAAUAACUUAAUGUUAAUAUAUAUAUGGAACUUGUCUAAUUAAGUUGACACUUUAAUAUCUUUUUGAUAGUUAAAUCCCAAUUACUUGCCUAUAUUCUUUUAUCCCCUUCAGAAUGGUGCGAGUUUACACCCCAUGAGGUCGGAUUCCGAAAAUAUGGAGCCUUUGUACGCACUGAAGAUUUUGGUAGUGAAUUUUUCAUGGGGCACCUUAUUCACAAAAGAAAGGAACCUAAAAUCUGUUACCUGGAAGGUGAGUUUUGUAAUAACGUAUAGCUCAGUAACUUUACAUGAUCAAGUGGAUUUAUUUCUGCUUUUUAGUAGUACUAUUAACAUUUCUUGAGUUGUAAUGCAAUAUUUUACAAUGUUGCUUGUAGUAUUCACUACUUCACUACUGCGAAAAACCUUAAAAAAAAAAAAAAGACAGAAGUAUAUAGUGUGAUACUCUACAUUCUAUAUUGAAUAAAUAGCAAUCACUCCCUCAUAGCAAGCUAUCGGGCUUGCUAUGAAUCGUUAAGCAGGAGCGGUAUAAUCUCCACUUUGAAUAGCAGGGCAACUGGAUUCCUAGACAGAUGGCAGAUUUUGCGAUAUGGUGCAGGUGCACAACUCGGACAGGGAUGCAGCUGAGCAGUAACUGUGCGAUGCUAUCCUGUAUUCCAGCUCAGAAAAAAAGACAACACUCCAGUAGAGCUAUUAGAGCUACAGAGCUAAAUUUGGAAAGUCUGUUUGGUGGGGGAUGAACUACCCAAAGUACAGACAAUCCGAGCAAGGUCAUUUGCUCUUUAUAUUGUGAGUAUAUUUCUUCAAAAAUUCUAAUCUAACUAUGUUACAGUUUUGAAGUGUUCUAUCAUUGUUUCUGAGUAUGCUGGAAUACUGCCUAACAUCGCACAUCUGUAAGGGUACUUGCUGGUUUUUGCUGCCCAUCUCUGACACUAAGCGCUAUUUCCAUUCUGUUUUCCAAUCUCUUGAGUUACCCAUGGUACAGACACUCCCCUCAUUGAUACCUGGCCAAUGGCAAUCAUGCAUGUGCACAAGUAUAUUUGUAUUAACUACUAAAAUGUCAUGAUAACUGUUGCUUCUGACACGGCCACCCACCAUGUUGCUACAACCAAUGUUGUGCCUUACUCGGGUGUCAUGUUUAAUACUGACCUCGUCUCUAGUGGUGUCCUUUUAUACACCGUACGCCAUGCAUGCAUAAUUGUUCUAGCUUUGCAACAAUGGCGACCCUCCAGUAAAACCCUAUUUCCUGGUGUAUGUUUCCGACACCCCCACUACUUCCCAGCUGCAGAUGGCGCAUGUUGAUCAUGCUGCUAAUUAAUUGGGUGAGAGCAUCAGCUGACAGCUGUCAACCAAUGAAUGUCUUUCUGUGCAGCUACUUAUGCCCCAAUGAUGCUGCCAGUGGUGGAGUUACACCUCCUGCAGCAAAGUGGUUAUGGUGCUAGGAGUAAACCUUUACUGAUUAGGAAGGAGUGGUGAACCUGAUGUGUUGCCAUACUUAUUUGUUUUAGGAUUUAACUCAUGGCUAGAUCAAGCUGGUUAGAAGGUUUAUUGGUGCAGGUUUAUGCAGUGUGAUUUUGGCAUUUUAUUCUCUGAUCACAAUGGAUCACCUUACUCGUUUAUAGGUGUAUGGGGCAGCGCAUUUGCUGCUAAUCUCGAUGAGAUAUGGGCUCAGGCAACUGGCACGGGAAGCCGCAUCUUUAGCUCUCUAAGUGAUGUCAUCAAAGUGAUAGGUAAGCAGAUUUGUAAAACUUUAGCGUUCCACUCAAUCUAUAAAACCAGAACAUGAAACACAAAGGGCUAGUGGUCGUUUUAGCUUAUCUAUGAACAUUGUACAUCUAUAUUUCCAGAUGGCUGUAGAAAAUUACACUUUCGAGAUUCUCGACUGCAAACUCGUCUCGUGAUGCCAGGAGGAAUUGUGUCUAGCAUUUUCCAGGAUUUCUUUAAGUCUCGGUUUACCGCAGGCGAACGCUAUAACUUCACUCGGGGGCUUUACCUCUACAAGAACUAUGUAGGGGCCCACGAGUUUGUGGCAUGGAAAGGUAAUAGAAUCACAUCUGAUUGGAACCCGAUAAUGUAGUAUAAUUUGUUAUUAUUGAAUUUAUCGUGUAACGUUUUGUUUGCAGUGAUGUCAGUCACAUCGUGCUUAAUGUUUGACUAUUACUCCAUUGUUUUUUUUACCUUACAUGAGACUAGUUUCACCCUUUUGGCGUUGCUGCAUCAAUUAUAGGGUGCUUAUAUUGGGAUAAAUUACUAAAACUAUCACUAGAGCAAUAAGUGUCUGCAUUGCCUCUUUUAGGAAAUCACCCCGAUGCUUUCCCAAACCAGCUUACUCCAAUGGAGGAAAACCUCUACUUAGUGGAUGGGGGCUUCUCGAUUAACUCACCGUUCCCGUUGGUCCUGCAGCCGGAAAGACACAUUGAUGUAAUUCUGUCUUUUGACUACUCGUGGAAUGCUCCAUUUAAGGUGAGUGAUGUCUAGGAAUUUACUGCUUGGAGAUAUGCCAUUACUCUACCUGAUAGUAAUGAAAUAGAGAAGAGAUGGUAUAAAAAUAAAGGGGAUAUAUCCAAGUGCCACCAGUGACCAGUCUAGAGCGGCCACAAGCCAAAGUCAUCCACAAACAGAAGAAGGCACUGGGCACAAUUGAGCAUAAUCCCGGUUAGAUUCAUUGAGCUAUAAGGUGACAAACGAUAAACCUGGGAUGCCUGGUAUUAUAUCCAAUUUGUUUCCAGUGUUCUUUUGGUUUUUAGAUGCUCUGCAUGUUAUCUGGAAAAAUUCAUACAUACACCAACGCUCUACACACCCUGAUACUACUCAAUUCCUCUGCAUUCACACACAUUGACACUACUCAAUGCUGCAUUCACACAAACUGACACUAUUCAACAACCCUGCAUUCACACACACUGUCACUACUCAACACCCUGCUCACUGAUCCUACCCACUACUUCUACAUUCACACGCACUGACAGUAUUCAACAUCGCUGCAUUCACACGCACUGACACUACCCACUACUUCUUUAUUCACAUACACUGACACUACUCAGCAGGCAUGCCUUUACACACACAAACCCACAUGCUACACAAAUACAGCCCUGUUUUUACACUCACUGACCUGCCCUUCUUCCCUGAUAUAACUAUUAGCUGUAGAUUAUUGUUUAUUUUCUAGCAGUGUUUAAAACAAGGUGAAUUAAUAGUUUGGCACUACACAGAACGCACUUUAAUAAUAUUCACAACCAGUAAACAAAUAAUGAUUUGAGGGAGAAUUUUAGUAAGGCCUCAGUAAUAACUCCAUGUUUUACUUUGCUGUUUAUCCGAUGCUGACCCUCAGGUCCUGGAUCUCACGCAGCAGUACUGUAAGGAGCGAAGAAUCCCAUUCCCUGAUGUAACUGUGAGUGAACAGGAUAAGGAACAGCCAAAGGAAUGUUACCUGUUUAUGGACGAGAAUGACCCAAGAUGUCCCAUAGUGCUUCACUUUCCCAUGGUCAACAAAACAUUCAGAAAAUUCAAAGCACCAGGUAUCUCUGCCAAGUUUCUGUUUUUGUACUAUAUCCUAUAUAGUUUUAAUGUUUGUUAAAUAUGGUUGUAUUUGUUGGCUUAGUUAUCUCUAUAAAUACCAUCAUCAACCCCUUCUCCCCAUGUUGAUCAUUCUUAUUAACCCCCACAUUAUCUUCAUAAAUCCCUUAUCUUUUUUCCGUUUAUUAACAGGGUUCUCCAGAAACCCACACAAGUACACUGUGUAGGUUAGGUUAUAGUCACUUAAGCACCUUCGUCAUUGGGAUUUGGAGAGGCCUGCUUGCCAGCCUCUUGCCCUGUGACUAUGGCCCCUGGGAUAUAUUGCCCUUUAAAAACACUAUUUGGGCAUAUUGGAUUUUAAAGGCACUGUUUCUGGACUUUUAACUGGAACAGAUUCAAACAUGUGGCGGCGGCGGCCAUCUUAAAUUGUCCAGCAGUGUUUUGCCAUUGAGUGUAUGGAACUGUUUUGGGCAUGGGACCAUGUGCACGGUGGGGCAAAAAUAAGACUUCCAGGAAAUUCCUGAACCCCUGAACAGAUCUGGGUGAUUUUUGGAUAUGUUGUUCACCCAGAUCGGGCUAUCAGGGGAUGUAUUUUGGGGUCCUUUAUGGGGUUUGUAAAAAUGGGAGGGUCAGACAUUGUUGUAUUGUUCUGAUUGGUUUGUGUGCCUGUGUUCCAUCAAGCCCUGGGGUUGUGCCUCUGGCAUGAGGAAUUGUAUAAUUUGUGAGUGCUGGCUUGCAUUAAACUGACCUGUUCUACCCUUCAUGAAGUCUUGGCUCAUGUUUGGGGGAUUGGAGAACUACCUACACUUUGGGGAUUGCUAUAAUCACUAUACUCCCCAGAGUAAGCUCUUGUAAUAGUUUGUUCCUGUUCCUGCUCUGGAUUUAGGAGAGGUCUGCCUACUGGAAGCUGGUCCCUGGUCUUGGGCCCAGAGUAGGAGGAAGACUGCAAGACCCCAACCAAGCUGCGGCGGUUUGUGGGGUCUGCGGUGGUUAUGGUGUCUAGUGGAGUGCUUGGAGCCCUCGGGAAGCACUAGGAGCAUCCGUCAACAGAACGUACCCAGUCGGGGUGCCGUUACAUAUACUUAUUCAUAUUCUUUAGUCUUUUUAGAAAAAUAAUAAAUCGGUUUGCACCGUGAUUUCCUCUUUCUGUAUCUCCCUUUUUGCUCUAGUAAUAGAGCUGUACAUGAUGCACAGCAGAGGUUUCUACAGUAGAGAGAGAACCAAUAAGCGAAAACUCCCAGAAUCCCAUGUGUAACCCAUAAAGCACUCCCGAGCAGUAAUCUCUUGGGAUAUGCACCGCACUGUUGUAGAAGGUUAAUGGAACAAUAUAUUUGACUGAGUGACUACCUUGUCCAGACAGAAGUGGCGUCAGAAGCCACAAAGAUUAAAGAAUCAACAUUUUCUUUUUAUUUUAAAUUAAUAUACAUGUAUCUAAAUUCAUGUUGUCUAUAAUGUGUGUUUUUUUUUUUUAAACACACAAGGAUAGGUCAACUAAUGGUUCUCAAUCUUUUUGUCAUUGUCAGAUUUAAUGUGAAGUGUCUUGUCAAUAUUUGUGAGCUUUUUGUAUCUGGGCUCGCUGCUUUGAUUGUAUAUUAUUAUAUGCACAUGAAAUAUUCUGUCCUUUUAACUCUUUAUCUUGCCUCAUGCUUAUCACAGGGGUUAAGCGUGAGACAGAAAAGGAGAUAUCGGAUGGUGACUUUACCUUAACGGCAAAGGACUCUCCUUAUCGGACAAAGAACUUCACCUAUGAGCCAAAUCAUUUUGAUCAAUUAAUCGAGGUGAAUCGGUAUAAUGUACUGAACAACCAGGAUCAGAUAUUGAAAGCAUUAACGGCAGCAUUGGAACGCAAGAAACGUAAAGCAGCCAGAAAGCACUAAAAACUAUGAAUUGUUUAUCUGAGGCCAAAUUCUGUGAUUAAUCAUGCUUUUAGUGCCAAUCUGUUCAGUAUCUACAACCAAAUUUUAAUAUUCACAGUAUUAUUGUCUGUCCCGGUCAUUUAAACAUUUUUUCAAAAAAUAGGUUAAUGCAGUAAUUCCGCUCCAGUGGGUUUGAUUCUCAGCACUAUUCAGUACUUAUUGUGCAAUAAAUGUAUUUAAAUGUAUUUGUGUGCAUUUAUUUGUAUUCUUGUUCUUAUUUUUAUUCUAUAUGUCAUCUCAGCUGUUGCAGAACUACAGGGCAGUUUGCCUCGCUUAGUAGGAAGAGUGCAUAGCAGUUAAAGGGACACUGUAGCUGUUUCAUCUCAUUGAAGUGGUUAUAGUGUCUAGAGUCUCCUGACACCAUAGUUCUAUUCAGCAUUACAUUUUUUAAAAAGUUUAAUGUUAAACGAGAGUUCUCAGUAGCCCACCCCCUCUGGGCUACUUGAGCUAAUGUAUUUUGCAUACAGGUCAGUGAUGCAAUUAAAAUGAAUAUUAGAAUUUUUAUAGCACCUACAGAGCUUCACAAUUAUCCAUUGGGUAUAUAUAUAUUGAAUGACAAAAUUAUGUUGACAGAGAUGGUGGGCCCUGCUCAAACAUGCUCUUUAUCGAAAAGUUCAGAGGAUCCACUGUUUUUCCUGUCUUGGUAUACAAGCGUUCUAUGGAAGCCACGAGUUCUGUGCCUACAGAUAGCAGGCUUUCCGGGGAUAAGGUUACUAUAGCAACCACUGCUGGAUGUUUAUAGCCUAAGUAAAAAAAAAAUGGAUAUGUAACUAGUACAAUUAAAUUAGUACAGUGUAACAAUACCAUGUAUAGACUGCUGUUCUGGGACACUGAAAAUAAACUCUGUAUAUGGUUUACAGAAAUAUUGAGGUGUGAUAAGUAUGCAAGAUUAUUGAUAUCCUUGGUGCGGCAAUACUUCCCAUAUGUUCAGAAAAAUGUGUAA